ACUCGCAUCGCAUCCAUCCGCUUGUGUUUGUCCCCUCGCCUCCCUCCGGCCGGGUCCCCUCUGGCACGCACCACGUCGAGCAUAUGCCAACGUUUGCGAGCCCCCGGCGGCGGCGGUGGUCCACAUGGCCACGGGCGGCCGCCGACGCGGCCGCCUCGGCACUCGCCGCCGCCGUCUUCGCGCUCCUGGACGUCGUCGACGUCCUCCUCUGCCUCGUGUACGCCCUCCUCGACGGCAUCCUGGAGGAGAGCCCCGUUGGGUGCUACUGCCACAGGAGCUACGAGAGCGAGGCGGUGGCCACGGAUGGGGAUGGCGACGAGGAGGUCUCCGAUACGCUGUACGCGCGGAGGAGCGCCGUCAGGGACGCGCUGGUGGGGCUUGUGCGGGUGGUGGUGAGGAAGAGCCGGGCGCCGGAGAAGGGGCCGGCGGCGGCUCCGUGCAAAUGGCGCAGCCCGAGGUGGUCCGACUGCGGGUGCAAGUCGUGCGUCGCGUGGCGGGGCGGCGGCGGCCGGCUGCACGUCGCCGUGAAAGAGCCGGAGGCCAAAGAUGAAGCAGGAACAGAUAGCGAGGAGAUCAGCGCCGAGAAUGCCAUCUUCGUGCACGGCUUCACGUCGUCGUCGUCCUUCUGGGCUGAGACGGUGUUCCGCGAGUCCUCCACCCUCAACAGCAGGUUGUUCGCGGUGGAUCUCCUCGGCUUCGGCCAGAGCCCCAAGCCGGCCAACUGCAAGUACAGACUGAAAGACCACGUCGAGGCGAUCGAGAGAAGCCUCGUUGAGCACCACAACUUGAGCUCCUUCCACCUGGUUGCCCACUCCAUGGGCUGCGUCAUCGCCCUCGCGCUGGCUGCCAAGCACCCAACCCGAGUGAAAUCGAUCACACUUGUCGCGCCACCGUACUUCCUGCCGUCCGAGCAGAAGGCGAGCCAGGUCGCGCUGAGCAGGCUCGCCGAGAAGAAGCUGUGGCCGCCAUUGCUGUUCGGUUCCGCGGUGAUGUCCUGGUACGAGCACAUCGGGAGGACCGUCUGCUUCCUCUUCUGCAAGAACCACCUGGCCUGGGAAUGGCUCUUCAGGCUCCUCACGAGAAAGAGGGACGUGGAUUUCCGGGUGAGGGACCUGACGAGGCACACCCACCACUCCGCGUGGCACACGAUGCACAACGUCAUCUGCGGAGGGGCGAGGCUGCAGGACCGGAACCUGGAGGCCGUCGAGGCGGCCGGCAUCCCAGUGAUGAUCAUCCACGGCGUCAGGGACCCUGUGGUUCCGGUCGACUGCAGCCGUCACCUGAAAGCGAAGCUCCCCCACGCGGAGCUCCGUCUCAUGGCUGGAUGUGACCACGCGACGGUGGUCUCGGGUAGGGAAAGGGGUUUCGCCGAGGAGCUCGCGGCGUUCUGGUCAGGAUCUCGGGCUCAGGGUGCACGACGGCGGGUUUAUGCAGGAUGCUGCUGAUUUGUUAGCAACAACGACGAGACUCGAUUCUACUAACAUGUACAGCUCUCCCUUGUGAUCGUACUUAAGGCCAAACAAGGUGAUAUGGAGCACGGAACCGUCAUUGUAAUCGUCAGUACGCAGGAUGUUCUCGACGAGCGCGAACCUGCUGUCGCCCAUGUAGGUAAGUGUAAUCUCUUUCCCCCUCAAGAGGGACCGGUGCUUUGGGUCCUCCUCCUUGCGGCGGAACAGCUUCUCCAUGAGCAUCCUGCACUCCGGCGCCCGUGUGGCGGCGGUGCCGCGGGAGGCCACUGGGCAGCAGCAAAUGUAUCCAUAGUAUGUAUGAUGAAGCCCGACCCAGGCGUCCAGGUCGGCGUCGAAGAAGGCUUGACCUCUGAAGGGCAGCACCCAAUCCCCAAGGUCCUUCCACACGCCGCUGCCGGCGUCCAGGGAGUGGGUGCUGAAGCCUGUGGAGACGAAGACGGUGCGCCCGUCCGGGUGCAGCGCGUAGGCGAUGACGUCGAUCCCAUCGCACGGGGGCGGCCGCGGCGAGGGCGCCGUGUUCCAGGACCACUCCAUGGCCGGAUCCCAUGGCUCGGGAUCCGGAAUAUCGGUGGGCGCCCACGACAGGGCAUGCAGCGAGGAGUACUCUGGGUAGGGAACCGAUGUCAAGGCAUACAGCGUCUCGCCGGCGGCCAUGGCGUCGUUCAGGUCACGGAUAUUGUUGGGAACGCGCGGGCCGACGGUGAGGGCGGAUGUGUUCGUGUCGUAGACGAGGGUCGGCGGUGCGCGGUCGCCCUGGCUGCGCGGGUUAGUGGCGAUGAAGAUGUUGGUGCCCAGGGCGGCAAAGGCCAUGGGCCACCCGCCGGCCACGCUAUCCGGACGGCAGCCGGCUCGGGGAGCUUGUCGUCUCCUCCUCCAGCAGCAUGGUCCAGGAUGUCGUACCCGCCAUUCCAGUCAUCUAGCGCUAGAUACAGGUGCUGCUUCCGCCGAGGUCUGCAGGUACUCUGCUUUGCGUAAUCAUCGUCCCGCCGCCGCCGCUUAGACGACGAGGAUCCCUCCUCCAAUUUGCUGACCAUAGUGACUCGGUCCCAACAAGCAAGGAGAGAAAAAUACGGUCUUGGAUCCACUCCAUCCUUCCUCCGAUUUAUAAUCGAUGAAGAGAGCACAAUCGAUUGGAUUCUAAGUCGGUUCGUUAUAGUCCCUGGCAACGGCGACUUCGCCUCGGAAUCGGAUCGGAGUAGUCACAAGUCAGGGUCGCCGCCACUAGGACGCCCCGCGGCGCUUCGAUUCGAAUCGUAAGUUGGUCUGGUAACCAACCAGGCCAAGUGGUGCGGCGCCGGCGUGUGUCCUGGCCGCCCAGCGAGUAGGGAUUGGCAUGCUCUGGUUAGGUAGGGGUGGCGCCGGAAUGGCGGAUAACCGCCUGGGUUGCCCUCAGGCGGUGCGCGCAGCAGUAGGCUCGCUCGGCGUCGCCUUGUUCCCUCCUCGUCAUCGUCGCGUCGUCUCGUCCCUUUGCAGCUCCACCGGCGCAGAGUCCGGCGCUCUGGAGGCCGUCGGUUUUGUAAGUUAAAUUAAAUGUGUGUUUGAACUAGUUUAAUUAAAGUGUUUUUUGGACUUGAUUUUGAAGUGUUAUUAACAUCAAGGUGAGUGUGCUUUUCAAUCGAGUUGAAAGCGCUCUCCAAAUGAA